AUGCGUAGGUUUCAUCCCUGGCGGCCGAUUUUGGCGGGCGUCGCCCAGCGCUUCAACGGUGAUUCCCUUCUCCAUGACAUUUUUUCCGAGCUGGACGCGUGCGACAUAACGCAACGAAGCAAACAUCUAAAAACGGAGGGCUCGACAUCCUCGAAGAAAACGACUAGCGGCGGCGCGACUGCCGCUCCGGCAGAAGCUGCCACUGCCGAAGAAGCAGAUAUUCUUGCGGAGACGUCCAAGCAGCAACACCUCCAAAGGCUGUUGCAAGAGGCCAGGGACCAGGCUGCGUUGUCCCAGGCAGAAGAAGUGAAGAAAAGAGAGUUGCGGCGCCAUGCCUGCUAUGUUGCCUCACCUCCUGCGGCGCUGCACCUCUCCACGGCCGAGUUGAUACAAGAGAAGUCUCCGCAGCACUUCACCCCCGCGGAGGACUCUUCAACAAGGCUUUCUGCACUUCCCCACCUGGAGUCGCCGGGAACCGUUGCAGUAGUUACGCUCGUUGGAAAGGUUCUCUCGGAGGCGCAGAUACACGGCGAAGAGGGUUCUACGGACGACACGAAUGACACUUCUGGAGAUGAAAAUGGGCCGCAUGCUCGCUUUUUGGUACAGUACAGUGUGCCCUUUUUGCCUUCAUCAAGGCCAGUUACCGUGCAGGUGCGUUGUUACGGAGUGACUCUGUCAUCGUUUGCCGCAAGACACGUCAAGGUGGGUGACUUAGUGCAUGUGCUGGGGCAUGUGUUACCUCUUGAUGUUAGCACUACCGGCGGGCCGGCGUUUUGCGUCUGCGCACUCCCCGUUGGGGGUAAUAUCUCGGUUGUGCUACCAGCGGGGUUUGCCACUGCUUCUUGA